AAUUUCAGAUAAAUAUUAAAAAAAUAUUUAGGAUGGGUGUUGAUUACUAUUCUGUGUUGGGUGUCACUCGUAAUGCUACAGAUAGUGACAUCAAAAAAGCUUAUCGCAAACUAGCUUUGAAAUUUCACCCAGAUAAAAACAAAGAGCCAGGUGCAUCAGAAAAAUUCAAGCAAAUUGCAGAAGCGUAUGAUGUUCUGGCUGAUAAUAAGAAGAGAGCUACCUAUGAUCAGUUUGGUGAAGAAGGCUUGAAAGGUGGAAUUCCAUCGGAUAGAGGGGGAUUUACCAAUGGGUAUACUUUUCAUGGCAAUGCGGAAAAAGUUUUCAGAGACUUUUUUGGAGGUUCAAAUCCAUUCGCUGAUUUGCUAGGAGAACCUGAUAUAAUGAAUGCAUUUGGAGGAAUUCAUGGGAGAGGGAGAAAGAAGCAAGAUUCACCUAUUGAAAGAGAACUUCAUUUGACAUUAGAGGAAAUCUAUCAUGGAUGUACGAAAAAAAUGAAAAUUUCACGGAGGGUUAUGAAUGAAGAUGGGCACACUUCUAGCAUUCGAGACAAAAUCCUCACCAUCAACGUUCGUCCUGGAUGGAAAGCAGGAACCAAGAUUACUUUUCCACAAGAAGGGGAUCAAGGCCCAAACAAUAUUCCGGCUGAUAUAGUUUUUGUCGUCCAGGACAGGCCCCACACUUUAUUCAAACGAAGAGGUAAUGAUUUGGUAUAUGUUGCAAAGAUACCACUCGGAAAAGCACUUAUCGGGUGCAGCAUUGAAGUACCCACACUCGAUGGCAGAUUUUUGAACAUACCAAUCAAUGACAUCGUUCAUCCAAAAUAUGAAAAAGUUGUACCCAAGGAAGGAAUGCCUUUUUCUAAAAGACCAUCAGAACGAGGGAAUAUGGUGAUUGAGUUUGAUAUUCAAUUUCCAGAAAAGUUGACCCCAGAAAAGAAACAACUUAUACGGCAAGCACUUCUGGUUUAAAUUUUACUGAACUCUUAACACAAUUUUUCACAUGCUUGUAUAUAAUAGUUUAUAUAUUAGUUAUAUUGUACAAUUUCUAGUGUUUCAUUUUUGUUGUAUGACAUUCAUCUUCAUCUGCUUAUGAGUACAUAAGACACCAGUUCUUUCAGUUUAA